CCCUUUUUUUGCUGUGGUUUUUCAUUCCUGCGUCUUGAGGAAGAAGUCCACAACUCUUCCUUUCUCUGGCUUCUCCUCUGUAAAGCGAAUCCCAAUUGAUUUCUCAAAAAUCGAACAUAAAAAAAAGGAUUUUCAUCCUUCGUCGAAUUUCUUCCUCCCUAAGUUCCCUUCCGUAAUUUUAAUCCCCAAGAAACCCUUGCACUGAUUGAAUUCUCCGCCAUCAUCAAUCCUACAGUAAUUUCAGAUCAAAAUCAAUCAAUAUUCGAGCUCUAAUGCUUUGAUUCCUUACUAUAUUAGUCGGAAGAAGAAUGAAGAAAUCAAAAUUUCUCCAUAAUCCAAAAGACAUGCUCUCCAAGAGCUUUAAUCCUGCAAAAUGCAAGACAGCGCUGAAGUUAGCUGCUUCGAGAAUGAAGCUAAUGAAGAAUAAGAAGGAAGUACAAGUGAAGCAGAUGAAGAGGGAAUUGGCGGGGUUGCUUGCGUCCGGUCAGGACCAGACCGCCAGGAUUCGGGUUGAGCAUGUAAUCAGGGAAGAGAAGAUGAUGGCAGCAUAUGACCUUAUUGGCAUAUAUUGCGAACUCAUUGUCGCGCGCUUGCCAAUGAUUGAGUCUCAGAAGAACUGCCCCAUUGACCUGAAGGAAGCAGUUACAAGCAUCAUAUUUGCAUCACCACGAUGUGGAGAUAUACCUGAACUUUUAGAUGCAAGAAAGCAUUUUACUGCAAAAUAUGGAAAAGACUUUGUAACUCCAGCCAUAGAGUUACGCCCUAAUUGUGGUGUAAGCAGAUUGUUGGUUGAGAAAUUAUCUGCAAAUGCUCCUGAUGGGCAAACCAAAAUUAAAGCUCUGAGAGCAAUAGCGGAGGAACAUAAUAUCAAAUGGGAUCCAGAAUCAUUUGGACAGAGCGAUGCAUUGCCUUCUGAUGACUUGCUGAAUGGACCAAGCACCUUUGAGAAGUUCAGUGCAGUACAUGCUGAAGCUCGUCCUCAUGUAACUCCUGAUAUUCAGGCUCCACCUAGUCAUCACAUGAUGGAUAAUCAACCUGUAAAUUUCCCUGAACAGAACUUGAGAUCACAAGAAACCCAGAAACUUGCUUCUAGAGACAAUACUCUCAGCAGCAACAGAGUAUCUUCUGUUCCACAGGGUCAAAUGAGGCCUUCAGAUUUCUGUCCAUCAGGAGAUGGAGCAGACAUGGGAGAAGUCAGUCUUUCAUUUCAGAAAGAGAGGAAUUCUUAUUCCACUAGGCAAAGUUGGGAGAUGGAAUUCAAAGAUGCUACCUCUGCAGCACAGGCAGCUGCUGAAUCUGCUGAACGGGCAAGUAUGGCUGCUAGAGCUGCUGCAGAACUUUCAAGCCUUGGCAGGGGUGCAACUCAACCACAAUAUCCCUCAGAAGUGCGUAGCUCUGCUGGUGAUGCUCAUAGAGAUGAGAGAACUGCAAAACAUGGGAGCUCAAAAUACAAAAGUGAUAACCUUCCUAGAGAUCCAGCUAACAGCUCCUUUUCCGAUAGACAACCUAGGUUUCAAAACAGACCAAUGGAUGGGAUUGAACAUGAUAACGGGAGAUUCUCUGGGAACUCCUACGGUGAUGGUCAUGAUUAUGGAAAAAUAUAUGCACAUUCUGCUUCCUCAAGAUCAACAGCUUCAUAUAAGAUUGAUACUGCUGCUCAUAGUGUUCAAAUGCCACCAGAUGGUAAUCAUCAUAGAAGCUCAUCAAAUCAGGAGGAAAACAAAGUUCAAAGCAGUAUGCAAAAACAAUCUGGUAAAUCUCAGAUUGAAGGUAUGAAUCACUCGCAAGAGGGUUUUAGUUCUGAGAACCUAGAUUAUUCUCGUGAAGGUAGGAUUAAUAAACAAUCCAGUGUCCUCUCUUCCAGUUCCCAUUCCAGUGUCUCUAGCAGUGAUGAAAAAUACUCAAUUUCUGGCCACAACAUGUUUGACUAUGAUGCUGGUAAGGAAUUUUCUGUUGAUAUUGAUCAAGAGAAAAAUGCUAGAGAUACUGUACAACCCAGCUAUCAUGCUAGUGCAGCUCCUGUAGUUUUUGAUGAUUCUGGUUCAGACACUGAAGAUUUUGUGUUUGAUAAGGGUUUCCGGAUUGAUGAGGAAUCAAAUUAUCAGUUUGCUCCACUGGGUAGGAACUCACCUCCUCGUCUUUCUAAUAGUAAGGGGAAUGAAAGCCUUGAAUCUAAAACAACCAAAUCACUGGAAAGCUCUAUAUCAGAAUUUUCCACCAAAAAGCACUCCUUCCCCGAGUCUUCUGAAAGCUUAGAAGCACCUGUGGAUGGCUCACAAGCAGAUAAUUUUGGUCCUGCGACCUUUGAUGAUUCAGAUGGUGCAAAUUCCGAGAGCGAGAUUGAUAUGCUUCAUUCUGUUCACCAUGCGACAGUGGAUUAUGGUGAUCUUUUGACUGAAAAAAGUAGCAGUCUUGGGUUUUCAGACAUUGAAAGGCAUAGGAGUGACUACUACAGAACAGAAACUGCUGUUGACUCCUCACAAAAAUUUGGUUUUGGUGAUUCACCUACCAGUCAAUCUUCUUUCAGACUUGGAAAGUCUCAUCGAGAGUCCAUUAAUGCUGGCAGCAAGUACGAUAAUGUAAAGCUUCAUGAUUCAGAUGGUGCAAAUUCUGAGAAUGAGAUUGAUAUGCUUUAUUCUGGUCACCAUGGGACAGUGUAUUCUCAAGAUCUUUCAACGGAACGAAAUAAAAGUCCUAGGUUUUCAAAUGCUGAAAAACAUAGGAAUGACAGUUACAGAGCAGAAACUGUAGUUGAGUCGUCGCAAAAAUUUGGCUUUGGCGAUUCACCUGCCAGCCAAAUAUCUACAGGACUUGGAGAGUCUCGCCAAGAGCCCAUUGUUGUCGGCAGCAAGUCUAGCUUUUACAAUUCAGUAGAUGGGGUGGGAAACCUCGGUGCCUCGGGAUCAAAGAGUUCGUUGGUUCAUGAAGUUGAGGACAAUGUAGGGGUAUCGCAUUCACAUGGAAGGCAGAUGGAUGAUGAAAGUUCAGAUGGUAGCAUGGGGUUGAGCUUAAAGAAGUUGACGGGUGGCCUUCGGCAGAAGGGUUAUAUGCGCCCUCCUUAUACAAGGAGUCAAGUGGAUGAUACUUCAUCCUCGGCUGGAAGAGUUUCUGAAGCCAAUCCAAACAUGAUUCCACAGCCUGCUGCUUAUAUUACUACUGAAAGCUUGGCUAAUAAAGGAAAGAAUGAAGGUGUGGGUAGUGGUAGAAGCUCAAGAUUGUCAAAUUACCAUUCUGAUUCAGAGAGUGACAGUUCCGUAGAGGAACUUAGGAAACAGCCAGCAAGUCGCAGACAAGACCCAAAUAUUCAACAUCCAGGGAACAAAGAUAGAAAGCAGUCAAGCUUGAGAAGUUCAGUAACAUAUUUUGAUUCGGAUAGUAGUGACUCGGAGGAUGAUUCUGCUCAAGUUUUCACUGGCAGAAGUCAUUUGGGAAGUGGAAUUUCUAGGAGGACAAAAGCUUCUCCAUCGAGUUCUACCUUAGUUUCUAACUUAAAGGUUGGGUCAAACUCUAGGAUGCAAGUAAAUCCUGAUUCUUCUGUGGAAAGAAAUCCAAAAAGACAUUAUGGUGUCAAAACUCCUCAAGAAUCUAGGACCCGGACUAGGAACUCAGACCAGCAGGCAGAUUCCCAGCAGCCUAGCUCAGCAAAAGUAGUAUCUAAUCCAAGUUUUAUGUCUAGUAUUCCAUUGCCAGAGGAAAACAAAAGCUCAUCUAGAGUAGAACAGCUCCCCAGCUCAGAACAAAAGGUAGAUACAUCCCGAUCACGGACUAGGCACUCAGAUCAGCCAGGAAAUUCUGAGCAGCCUAGCUCAGCGAAAGUAGCAUCUAACCCAAGUUUGGUGUCUAAGGUAUCAUUGCCCGAGGAAAAGCGAAAGUCAUCUGGCUUAGAACAACCAAAGAGCUCAGAGCGGAAGUUAGAAACAUCUGAUAGCACUGAAAAUCAGAAGACAGCAAGUGGGAGUGCAUUUAGUAGAGAGGAUAGCUUGAAGAAAGCUAGUCAUGUUCAUCCAAAGCUCCCAGAUUAUGACACGCUAGCUGCCAAAUUUCAGGCUCUUCGGACGAAUCGUCAGUGAAAUUUUUUUUUUUUCUCAUAUGCUUUGAUUCUUUGAUACAUUGCAAUAAGGGGAUCUGGCUCUUUAGAGGCGACUGGAGCUUGUUGUCUAAAGAGAAUUCUGAGAAGGAAAGGAUGUUACAGUAUAUAAAGUUCGCAUAGUGGAAAAGUACGUUGGUUCAUACAUCUCAAAGGAUAUAGUGUUGAUUGCUGUAUAAAAGAUGCCUCAAUUUGUUUUGUACAUGAGUUUUGGUUUUUAUAGAAGAUACCUCAAGUGAGCAAAAUAAUCUUUGGUUGGCCUUAGAUGUAUGAUUUUUUUAAUCUUGUAUCUGCUGCUCUUGAAAAAACAACUCGUUGAAUCCUGAUAA